GGGCGGGGCCUGAGCCAGCUGCGUGUGGGCGGUGCUUGGGGGGGGCGCGUGACCGGCGCGGGUCACGUGACGCGGUGCCCGGCGCCGGGCCUCCCAAGAUGGCGGUGUGCGUCGCGGUGAUCGCCAAGGAGAAUUACCCUCUCUACAUACGCAGUACCCCCACGGAGAACGAGCUGAAGUUCCACUACAUGGUACACACAUCUCUGGAUGUGGUGGAUGAGAAGAUCUCUGCAAUGGGGAAGGCCCUGGUCGACCAGAGGGAGCUGUACCUGGGCCUGCUCUACCCCACAGAGGACUACAAGGUGUACGGCUAUGUCACCAACUCCAAGGUGAAGUUUGUCAUGGUGGUGGAUUCCUCCAACACAGCCCUUCGAGACAACGAAAUUCGCAGCAUGUUCCGGAAGCUGCAUAACUCCUACACGGACGUGAUGUGCAACCCCUUCUACAACCCGGGGGACCGCAUCCAGUCCAGGGCGUUUGAUAACAUGGUGACGUCGAUGAUGAUACCCGUGUGCUGAUGGAGGGCUCUGCUGCCAGCCAUCGCAGAGGAGCCUGCGCACAACCCGCAACCGUGGUGGGGCCUCGGUCUGUUCUCCUCGCCUCUCCUGAAUGGGAGGCCCAGGGCUUUUGGGGCAGGGCCUUGUGCAUGUGCAUCUCAACUAAAGGUCUUCUGCGAUGA